AUGAUUGUGGGCUUCACAAAUGUGGUCAGUGUUGACAUGCUGCGAGAGUCUUUCCCCCUGCUGGACAUGGUGGAUCACAACAGACGGCCCAAACUACCGUCUUCCCCUUUGGUGAACCUCCCCAGAGUUGAAGCUGUAGUUCUGUUUGGGGAGCCUAUUCAAUGGGAAACAAAUUUACAACUGAUCAUUGAUAUCCUUUUGACCAAUGGGAAUCUGAGCAAUGCGUACGAGAGCCCACUUUUAGCAUGUAACAUGGAUCUGAUGUGGAUGGCAGAGGCACAUUCACCAAGAUUCGGUCAUGGCACUUUCAUGGUGUGUUUGGAGAGCAUCUAUAAGAAGAUCACUGGCAAAGAUCUCGAGUAUGAGGGCCUGAUGGGAAAACCCAGUGAACUGACAUAUCAUUUUGCUGAGUUCCUCAUUAGAGAGCAAGCUGCAGAGAGAGGCUGGGGAGCACCAAUCAGAUCUCUUUAUGCUAUUGGGUGA